CAGUUGUCGCACUUGUUCGUAAAACGAGGCGCCGGUUCCCGCCUGCCCACUUGGAUCUUGGCGCCGAGACGCUUGAAGCAUGGCCUUUCUGGAUGCGUGGGUCGUGGACAAGACGAUGUUCGAAUACGUGAGCAAAGGCGGCUGCUCGUGCUGUGGCAUCUCUUCGGCCAUGAUCAACUUUGCUGCGCUGGACGCGCCGUGCUCCGACUGGGAGACGGACGACGAAGACCGCGAAAUGUUCUCGCCGUGGCCGACGUUCAUCCACGAAGACGUCCAGAAGCAGCGCGUCAUGAUCCGACACCGCCUCAAGCAGCACUUGCCAUUGUACGCGUCGUUUUGGGCCGAGCACGGCGCCGCCUUUGCCACGUGGUGGACCCAGCUAACGGCUGCCACCAAGUUUCGAUUGUUCCAGCUCCCGGAAGCCGACGUCACGGCUUACGUGCACUCGCACGCCGACGUCCAUGGGCCUUACGGCAUCGUGCUUGCGACCGUCACGGAGCAAAUCAAGCAUUUCUCCGUGACGGGGUAUGUCGACGGCCGCACGGUCGCCGAGGUGGCCUUCGAGCGCCAUCUACAGUUUGAAAAAAGCGCGUUCACGCUAGCGCCAAGCUACCUGGCGCUACCGGCCAACGCCCCAACGGGGUUCUGUGCCCUCUUGCAGCACUUUCUCGCGGGUCCUCGCCUCUUGCCGGCGUCGACCGACGAGACGAGCGGCGACAACAACGACAGCGCGACGACGAGCCGGGCACCCGACGCCGUCCAAAGCUUUCGUUCGGACCGCCGCGUGGUCCGGCUCGUCCUUGCGCGGCUCUUGGCGGACGUGGUCAUGGCCAAGUACGAGCGCAGCCGCACGGAGAAAGCAACUUGAUUUAUAUAUGCACCUCUGACGACGCCUACGCCUCGGCCUUGACGACGUCGGGUUUGACACCUUCGGA